AUGGAUCUCGAGCGGACGGUCAGAUGGUGCACCACGCUACUGUUAACGAAGAAGCAGCCCCAUUUAGCCGCCAGAAGACUAGUGAUACUGUGCCUCAGUUUAUCAGCGAUCGACAAUGUCACGUGCACCGUGAUGGCUAGAAAGCUCUCUGCCGUUCCCGUCCCUAGGCAUCAGGCUCCUUCCACCACGCGCGAACUGCUGGCAAAGAUCGUCAACGGUCAAAUGGCGCAUCAGGGGCAGUUUCCAUGGCAAGUAUCGAUCAGAGCUGCUCUCGGUCGUUCGGUAACGGUGUGUGGCGGUUCGUUGAUUGACGCUCAGUGGAUACUUACGGCAGCCCAUUGCGCCAACGACUAUAACGUCUUUCAAAUCGGGCUCGGAUCAGUCCAUCUAAACAUGGCGCGGCUUACGAUGUCCACGGUCAGCAAGUUUAUACAUCCCGAGUUCGAUCCGUGGAAGCUUACGAAUGAUGUCGCUCUGAUACGGUUGCCUUCGACAGUGCCCUACAGCCUGGAAAUACAUCCCAUAAGGCUUCCGAUCGGUUUGCCUUCCAAGGACCUGUACAUCGGCCGCAAAGCUACGGUUUCCGGUUUUGGGCGCACAUCCGAUGCCGUUCAGUCGAUAUCAACCGUGCUAAAGUUUGAGUAUAUGCGCAUAAUUUCGAACGCGGAAUGUGCCAACGUUUACGGAGCAUCAAUUAUACGCAAUACUACGCUCUGCGCCAUUGGAUGGGAACGGUCAAACCAGAACGUGUGCCAGGGCGAUUCUGGAGGUCCGAUGGUAUUGCAGCAAGACGACAGCAGUUGGGUUCAGAUAGGAAUCGUGUCGUUCGUAUCGAGCCGUGGCUGUAGCACGGGAGAUCCAUCCGGAUACAUACGUGUUGUCAACUAUUUGAGCUGGAUAGCCAAAACCACUGGUGCACGUGCUCUUGCUUCGGCGUUGAGCUAA